CCAGUGAACGCACCGCAAAGUAUGUAUUAAUUGUGCAUAAUGCACACAGAAAUAAAAAACGAGCGCUUUGUGAAAGAAGGCUUAAUCAUCCGUCUGGAAAGACACAAUAAGUGAUUUUGCACGAGAUUCACUUCGCUUAGAUCCCGCUUUUCCCUUGCUUUUUAUCUUGGCUUCCUCUUCCCUUGCCUUCUACUUGCUUUCCUAUACUCUGUUCCUACCGUUCCUACCAGCCCUUUCCCCGGCUUUUGCACGGCUCUACGGGCUGUUGAAAUUCAGGCAACUUCUUCCAUAUUAAUUCGUAUAUGUUUUCACAUAUACGAAUCACAUUUCUUCCAUAUUGUCAUCGAUCAUCACUUGUUUCGUCAUAAGCAUAAGAAAUCUAAGACUUGAAUUGUUAUCAUAAUAUUUUGCCUCAUAUCCCCGAAGUGGUUUCGCAAUCAGCACUGUCAGCAGUUUCACGAUGCCGGUCAGAAAGCGGUACAAGUAUUUCAGCGGGGACCCGUCUCCAAUAGUGCGCGACCCACGCGCACCGACAGGCCCUAACGGCCCGAACGACCCUCUGAUGGCCACCUCCUACCGAGUGGAGCUCAACACCUGCUACAACACCAACGCAGAGAAAACCUACAAAAACGUCUACACAGAAGACCAGAAAGAUCGGGAGCGGAGACAGCUUAUGACAAAUCUCGAGAGCCUGCAGAGGAACGCGGUGGCGUGCGAGGGAAAACGUUUUCUGCGCGAGCAGAUCGGUCACCGGCGGCUGCGGCAGCAGCUGUGUCAGGAGCUGCAGCAGGACGACAGGGCGCUGCUGGAGGUGCGCCAGGCACGGAUGGCCGAGCUGGUGAUCGCGGAACGAAAACAGGCCGACGCAGAGCUGGCGCAGAGAGGCCUGGCCAUCUACGAACAGAGGAUAUAAGCCGAGAACCAGUCAAGGAACGCAAAUAAUGGAUGUAAAUGAAUGCGAGCACAUGAGUGCUUUCGAAUCAAGUUUGUCACUAUUAUACCUAUCAGAGUUAUAUGCAAAGUUAUUAUUACCAAAAGUAAUUCUGGCCUUUGACAGCCACACUUUAGAUCUCGGAUACCUGCACAAGGGCAAAAAUAAAUCAAUUUGCCCGGAAAAGUCAAAGUUAAUUCUAGUCUCAUAUUCUAUAUGUGAUUUUUUUUUUCAAAUUUCGAACCAAAGUUCCGAUUUCAGCUUAUUUUACCCCGUCGUGUGGCCCAGUCUCCGGUUUCGCAACAGUUCGUGACGUAGCAUGCCUGAUGGGUAAGACACUAAUGGAUUAAAAAUUAAUUGCUUUCCAUAAAAACACAAUGAUAAUCCACACACGUAUAUUUAUAUCAAGGAUACGCAGGAUGAAUGGAUGAAUGCUUACUUCACAUUACAAGUGCUCCUCCGAUGAUCAAUUCAUGACAUGUUGCCGUAAAUCGCAUCCAGCAUUACAUAUAACCACUCAGCAGUCAGCAGCCCAUGCUUGUCUGCUGGAUGGCUGCCUUCACUUACACCACAGGGCAUUCCGAAGGUAAGAGAAUCGACAUUAAGUACAACAGGUGUUUUGGAUGAUAGGAAACGGGUAGACAGAAUAUCUGAACAUGACAUCGGAUACGGUGGAAAUGUAUUGCAUCAUCAGUUCUCGCGGAUACUCUCGUAAACAAUCCAAACGGUUACACGUUGGUCCGGCGAACCCUCCAUUUGCGACAUCUGCAUAGACACCGGUACAAUAGAGAUAUAAUAAUAGCGACUCCCUUGUCGGCGCGCACAGGCAUACGUCCAGAGCCCCCGACGCCGAGCAGGCCACCACCAUAUUCUUACAGAUACCAGACCACGCCGAAUAGUCUCAGUUCGCUCCAACUGUAAGCAACGUGACGACAUAAUGGCUUUGUAACAUCUAAACUAUGUUGACGGCUGCUCUGUGUAGUGGCCAACUGAUAAAUAUGUACAACUUUAAGUAACAAGAUAUGUUUAUUUUUGACUUCGUACAAUACACUUGUAAAAGUGA